UAUUGUUACAACAGUUUUCCUAUCGGGUGCGAAAAGUUGUGAACCAAGCACUGCCCUCGAAGUCGGAACCGAUGCUCUAUGCUUCAAGCAACGAGCCAUACUUAUCAUAACCAAGGAAUGGGAGCCCGCUGCAUCUUUGUCGCGUCGCAGAGAAUAUCGCUGUUGCUCUUUAUAGUUUUGUGCGCAACGCGUGAAUGGCACCCUGGUGGUCUUUUUUAUCACUGUGAAGCUUGGACACAUUCCUUGUUGUUCAAAUCCAAAGAGACAUUCAAGCUGGCAGAAAUUCAGAAUUUGGAAGCUUCCGUACAAACGUCGUACUCGGAAUUCUUCUGUGACGACUUGCAAGACGAUUUGGUUCUAAGAUACAAUUUGACCCGAUUGGUGGUAGACCGAGCGACAGGAUCUUCGCUCUUUCGUUUGGAUUUAUACAGCGAAGGAAAAAAUGGCAACGAAUUUCCGAAUAUAAAGAGAAGUGAAGAUACCAGGAUAUCACUGGGAUCGGAGGAUUUUCUGCGUUCGACAUUGUUAUCGUUGUCGAGUUUGCGGCGUUGUGAUUGGAUAGGACAAGUGCUUGAAGAAGGUUGCGACCCCCCAGAUUUGGUAACCAACCUCCAUAGGCAAAAUAGUUCUUUGAAGGCUCUUUCCAACGAUUUUGAUAUUGAUGAAUGGAAAUUGGACUACGUAAAAUUUAUGGAUGAAAAGUUGACUAGUACGAAACCGACCUACACAAUGAAAUCUUUGCUUUGUGCUAUCGCCAAUGAAAUACCGUGUCGUCCAUCACUUGAUCCGUCCCWGGCCAAAAAUCGCCUCCUCAUUGUUGACGCAGCAACACAAGGCCCCGAUUCAUCUUGUUGUUUACUUCGAUGUAUAAAUCUACCRAAAGGCGAAGAAAAAUCACCGUUGCAGCUAAAAUGGGCGAACAGGCCGUUUCAAUAUAGCAGUGCAAUCAAUUACGAAGUAGCGGAAAUGAUUAUCGAGAUUUUGACUACUUUGUGCGACAAACAAAAAAGUAGCAUGGGAGACGAAAGCAACGAUACUGCAAAGUUUUUCUGGGACCCAACUUGCGGGAGCGGGACCUUCUUGACUUUGGCGAUGGAAAAGGGCUUUCACGUUGAAGGACAAGACAUCAACCCCAGCGUUGCCAAUGGAGCUGUCUGCAAUCUCGAAUACAUGUUUGGCGAAGCAGAAGUAGAGAAAUUUGCAACUGUUCAGACUCAGGAUAGUUGUAACAGUUUGAGAGACAACGAAUCGUCAUCAUCUUCGGUUAAGAAUGCGGCGAUUUCUUGUGUGGCGGCAAAUCUACCGUGGGUACGUUGCACUUUUGACAGUGUUUCCAUAGAGGAUGACGAACCAGCAGUUCGAACAAGAAGUUCGUGAGAAAACGUUUCCUUCGCUUUGUAUCAUAUUUUUCUCUCUGACUAUCUAUACCAUUGUAUUUUUGAUAACUCAUCAUUUACGACAGGGACGCAACAGCGUACUAUACCGCGACGAAAUCCAGCGUAUUUUAGGCUCUGUUCGUUCUCAAAUUGAGGUUGGUACACCUUGCGCAUUUAUCACACGACCAUCAGACUCUGGAAAAGAUAAGGGCCCAUCAUUUUUGUUUGAAUCCACCGGUUUUGACGUUUUAGGGCAAGCUUUUGUCCCACAGCGCAACUUUUUGCUUCCAGCCAGCAAGAAGAMGAAGAAUUCUGGGAUAGGAAAUUCUGGCAGCACUAAAGAUAAUCGAAAUCAAUGCGUAAUCACCGUUGCAUUGGCGAAAUGAUGGGAUUUAAAACUAUGUUUUGCGUGCAGAACCAUCUUGUCAUUCUCGUAUUCUUGCAUUCCCUUCCUCUACGGAUAUAAAAAUCUAAAUGGAAGGCACCAAGAAUUCAGGCCUCGUUACGCUUUAAUGUCUUCUUCGGAAUUUCAUACGCCGAGAAUUUUCAUGACUACAUUUCAAACAAUUCGCUGUAACGUUUGGGGGAAAGGCGAUUGUAAUUUUCAGUCUAAUUGAUGGUUCAACAUCUGCUGUUCGAAUGCAUACCGCCUUACUUAWAGAGCCAGCUAUUUUCUAAUCCCAGAUAAAACCCAUAUUUGCUA